UCAUAAUUCCCAAAGGGACUCAUUUCUUGCCACUUGAUUUACAUUAUAUGUAUUAUAAUAGGACGGGAGGAAGAAGUGUAGCAGCCUUCUUGUCCUAUCUCUUUCAUUUCUUUGAAAAAAGAUACUUUAGAUUUAUUUUACAAUAUAUUACCAUCAAAACCCCCUUCUCUUACCAUUCCUUCUCUCCUUCAUCUUAUCUGAGGAAAAAAAGAUGGGUGCCCGUGUCUUCCUGCUGCCCCAUGUACACUUCAUCAUCACCUUCUUCUUUCUCUUAGUCUUUGUUCCAACAUCUUAUUGUGAAGAAGAUGAGUUUUAUAGAGAGUGCUUCACACCAUUCCAGUGUGGAAACCUGCCAAAUCUUUCUUAUCCUUUCUGGGGCGAUGAGCGACCUGAAAUCUGCGGUUAUCAAGGAUUCAGGCUCCGGUGCCAAGAAGGUCCGUACCCUGUUAUAACUAUAAAUGAUCAAGAAUUUUAUGUGAAGUUCGUGAAUCAAUCCGAAAGAGUGAUGAUCAUUUCUCGAAAGGAUUUAUCGCAAAAUGUUUGUCCUCCUGGUGUUGCUGAGAUUCUUAAUACAACUCUGAACGAUACUCCGUUCAGUUAUGUGCCGGAGUAUGAAAACGUAAGCCUAUUCUACAAUUGCUCAAACGAGGCUACGAAGGUACCCACUUUAUACAAAAUUCCGUGUUCUGUAAAUGGCGAACAACGGGAUGCAUUUUAUGCAACUGAUUGGCUUUUGAGCAAGUGGAACCAAGACCCCUCAGAUUGUAACAUCCGGGUAGAAGUUACAGUUCCAAAGGUGGAUGUUGAACAACUUAUUAGUGGUGGAAUGGAAGCUUUAAGUAACGCUUUGAGAGAAGGUUUUAACGUAACGUACAUGUUUGAUACAAUUCCAAUGUGCUAUGAAUGUGUGCAUUCGGGUGGGAUAUGCGGCACCGACUCUUCUACUUUCCGCUUCACUUGUCUUUGCCGUGACCAACCCUAUCCUUAUAAUUGUCCAAAAGCAAAAGGCAACGGUGGUUCGAAUGUGAUUCAGAAGAUUGUUAUUGGCAUAACUGUUGGAGUAGUUGGAAUUUUAAUCGCCUGUGCAUUCAAUUUUUGUUUCAAAAAGAUUCCUUCAGUUUCAUCAAUAAUUUCCUUACAGAAGAUCGUAAAGAAUAAUCAAGAUCUCGAGGCCUUUCUUAAAAACCAUGGGCAUUUAGCUGUAAACAGGUAUAGCUUUUCAGAAGUGAAGAAAAUGACCAAUUUGUUCAAAGUUAAACUUGGCCAAGGAGGUUAUGGCAGUGUGUACAAAGGAAAGCUUUUUGAUGGUCGUCUUGUAGCAGUGAAAGUCUUAAAUGCAUCUAAAGGAGAAGGACAAGAAUUCAUCAAUGAGGUUGCCAGCAUUAGUAGAACUUCUCAUAUUAAUAUUGUCACUCUCUUGGGUUUUUGUUUUGAGGGUCAGAAAAGAGCUCUGAUAUAUGAGUUUAUGCCAAAUGGAUCUCUUGACAAGUUCAUAUGCUACAAAAGUCCUUUGAAGAGUAGUGAUCAUCAUUUGGGAUGGGAAACUAUGCACCAGAUUGCUAUAGGAAUAGCUCAAGGACUUGAGUACUUACACCGUGGAUGCAACACAAGGAUUGUGCACUUUGACAUAAAGCCUCACAACAUUCUUCUUGAUGAAAAUUUUUGUCCCAAAAUUUCUGAUUUUGGGCUUGCAAAAUUAUGCACCAGAAAGGAUAGUAUUAUAUCCAUGCUAGAGGCUAGAGGAACUAUUGGGUAUAUAGCUCCGGAAGUGUUCAGCAGAAACUUUGGUGGAGUUUCAUCCAAAUCUGAUGUUUAUAGCUAUGGUAUGAUGGUUUUAGACAUGGUUGGAGGCAGAGAGGAUGAUGUUGGAACAGAUCAUACGAGUGAGAAAUAUUUUCCACAUUGGAUUUAUAAACAACUUGAGCAAGGCAAUAAAUCCAAAUUGUGUGGUGAGAUUUCCAUUGAAGAGAAUGAAAUUGUUAGGAAAUUGACAAUAAUUGGCCUGUGGUGCAUCCAAACAAUUCCAUUAGAGAGACCAUCCAUAAGUAAGGUGAUAGAAAUGCUAAAAGGUAGCAUAGAAGCCUUAAACAUCCCACCAAAGCAUUUUUUAUCUUUCCCUCCAAGAUCUCCAUCAUCCACUUUUACCAUAUCAAUGACAAAUUGUUGAAAAACUUUUUUUUUUUGCUUUUUGGUGCAUUAAUUAGACAUGUUUAGGAGGAAGUGACCUAACAAAUUGAGUUAAACUUUCUCAAUUUGAAAAUUUAUAUGGUAUUUAUCUUUUAUUUGUAUGGUCCUUCAAAGAGAAAGGGAAUAACCUGAGUCAAAUUGCAUCAUCAGAAACUCUAUUUAUCUUUAACAUAUCACUGAUCUCAAGAAAGUGUGCUAGAUGCACAUGUGGACUUUCACUUGGACUUCCCCCAAAUUGUAAUUGUUGUACCAUCAGACACAGUACAGGCUUCAAUUCAAAAUUAUUAGCUUCUACUCUUGGUCUUGUGAUUCUUGGCAUGAAAUCCCCAAUGUUAGGAUAGGCGUAAUCCUUCAUAGAACAGUUGUUAUUAUUGUUGGCCAUUUCUUCUUGUAGUUGCCCUUACUCUUGUGCUAUUUCUUAUUGUUGUUGAGCUUUAAAUUCAGUUUUUCUCCUCUUAGCUUCUGCUCUUAAAGCUCUUACUGUCUUUUCUAUUUCUAGAUUAAAGAAUAAAUUAAUUUCUUCACUUUU